AUGAUGAGUAGAAAAGGUUUCCUCAUCGAAUGCAGAAGAAAAGGCAUUUUUCCGGCUCACAUAACAAACUCGUUCAAAUGCAUCUACUCGCUCCUGGAGGAAAACAGUCCGUAUCUGAAUCAACUAAACAGACACAUAGCCAGGUUCAAAAAAUCUAUUUUAUCAAUAGAAAUCAAACACACUUUCCACAAAAUCAGCCUUCUGAAUGAACAAGUAGAAAGAUGCAAACAACAGAUCGCAAUCGACACCAGCAAGGAAAUCCACGGAACCUUUAUUUUCUCCCAAGAACUGGCAUACCACAACAUUCUAAACCGCAAAACCAAAAGCACAACACAAAAACUUGCACGGAUCAUAUCAAAAACAGCUGAUCAUCACACCAGAAACCCGGAACUCAAAGAACAGGCCAUAUUCAACGCAACUGACCACGAAAUUCCACCUGAAACCAGCAUACUCCUCAGCCUCGGACCGAAAUUUAGCCUUCCGUACACGAAUGUAAACAGAUUGCCGAUAUACCACCUGAUAGCAGACCUCGAAUCAAUCCUACACACAAACUCCGAUAAAAGCAUACAAGACCGAAAUAGAUGCCUGAUCUCCAAUGCCAUACAGAACCACGUACACAAGAUGGGAAAACACACACUGACCGACCAACUAACACAAUUCUGCACGACCGCUAUCAGUACCACCAAAAAAUUCCUGGCAGCACACCCAGACAUACGCGUGAUGCCAGCCGACAAAGGCAAUAGAACUGUCAUCAUGAAGUCAGAUGCGUAUCAGCUGAAGAUGAACGAACUGCUCCAAGAUGCUAACACAUACAAACAAAUAGCUCGAGACCCAACAGCAAAAAAUCAAUCGCUUAACAAUAACAUUGCGCAACGACUGUUAGACCUAAAGCUCAUAGACAACCAGACGUUCCGCUCACUAAAAACCAACACCGCCACUUGCCCAAGAAUUUACGGACAACCAAAAGUACAUAAAAUUAAUAUACCGCUUCGCCCAGUAGUACCCAACAUUACUGCACCGUCAUACAUGCUGUCUAAAUACAUCUGUCGAAUUCUACAGUCGUCAAUCAACAGCCAAUACAGCAUCCCAGAUUCUUUUGCCUUCUGCGAAUAUGUAAAUUCAAUAACAUUACCACCGGAAUACGUAAUGAUAUCCUUAGAUGUAAUUGCGCUAUUCCCAAGCAUUCCACACGCAUUAAUCACAAAAGGAAUCAUAGACAACUGGCCACAAAUUAAAACAAAAAACAAUAUUUGUCUAGAUUUGUUUUUGGAAAUAGUAGAGUUCUGCGUAAGUUCAAGCUAUUUCCAAUUCAACAACAAAUUUUAUCAACAAAUAAACGGAACAGCUAUGGGAAGUCCCCUUUCGCCUAUUUUGGCUGAAAUAGUGAUGGACACACUGAUAAAAGCAACGCUUGAAACAACAACAAUCACAGUACCAGUAAUUAAAAAAUACGUGGACGACCUCUUCCUAGCAGUACACCAAAAUCAUAUACAGGAGAUAAUCGACGACUUCAAUAAAUACCACCCCAGCCUACAAUUCACGUGCGAAGAAGAGAAAGACAACACUCUACCAUACUUGGACAUGCUACUAAUUCGACAGGAAAACCAGACCAUUAGUUCCCGAUGGUAUGCCAAACCAACUGCCUCCGAGCAACAGCAUCAGCAACAGCAGCAUCAGAAGAGUGGAAAACUUUUCCCAACCCGCACGCAUAUGUGUCGAUAUGGGUCAACCCAUGAAUACAAGUAUAUAUACUCUAAGGUUGGCCGAGCUGGAAGCAUUGAUUCCGACUCGACGGUUGAAUUACUGUUUCCAGGGCAUCGAAAAAAAACGCUGUACUUCUCCCAUCUUCAGCUACAAAGUUGUAUGACAGGUUUGAAUUUACGACUUUAUUCUCCUCGUGCCAAGUGCAAGCGGCCCGAAGAGCGAUAG